AUGAUGAUACUAUUGAGACGUACAUUACAUACGUGUAUAACGGGUAUUGGAAACAUGGAACCACAAUAUAAUGGUACCAGGCACAACGUUGGUAAUAUGAUAGUAAGAAUGAUCCAAGAACAACUAUGCCCCUCAUGCAAUUUUAAAGUGGCCCCAGGAUUCAAGGGGAUCCAGUACGUGACAGUGAAGGAUGAAACACGGGAUGACCAUAUAAUAAGUUUACUGAUUUGUACGGGUGAGUAUAUGAACCAAAUUGGAAGACUUGUGGCCCCAAUAUGGAAAAAAAUCGAAACGAAAUACCCCAACACACGAUUUAUAGUUGCACAUGAUGAAUUAGACAGGCCCUUAGGUCAUAUUCAGUUAAGGGAACCAGGUACAAGUUCACGGGGACACAACGGCCUAAAACACUUGACAUCCUGUUAUGGUGCUAAAUUUUACAAAUUGGGGAUAGGAAUAGAUCGGCCUAUGUCUAGAUCCCAUAAAGAAGUAGCAGACUAUGUGUUGUCAAAAUUUCCACCAGAUGCACUAACUAUCUUGAGAGAGGUAUCAUUACCAAAAGCUUUACAAAAAAUAACAAAUAUAUCCAAAUAG